AACGUGGCGUAUAAUUCCAGCCCCACCACACCUUGUGGUUUUUGGCUGAGGUGGCAAAGGCAUACCUACCGGCCCAUACCUGACGGCAGCGAAGUGGAACCAAAUUCAGUUUGUGGUUUUUGGGGUUCCUCCCGCCAUGCCCCAAUUUUGUUCCACAAUAUGCAUUUCAGAUUAGGGUUUGUGGUGGCCUCCAAUUUCCGCAGAAAAUCUCCACUUGUCGCUACUCUCCUCACACACAAGACUCUACAAGCUGGUGUUGGUGCUUCUUCUCCGCUACUACACCGGAGGUCUUCACAAAUCAACCAUGGAGAUUCUUCGUUCCUUCCACACUCUCCCGGAGGAAUACGUGGCUACGCAGCACUUGAUCAGUUCUCUGACGAUGACUACGAAUGCGAUUACGAGAAUCACCCGGCAUCGUCAUCAGUGGCUAAUAUUGAUGAGUGGAAGUGGAAACUUAGCAUGCUGUUACGUAACGAAGCAGACCAAGAGAUUGUGUCCAGAGAUAAAAGAGACAAGAGAGACUUUGAGCAAAUAUCUAAUCUGGCCACGAGAAUGGGCCUUUUCUGUGAAUCGUAUGGAAAAGUGGUGGUUGCAAGCAAGGUGCCUCUUCCUCACUACAGGCCCGAUCUUGAUGAUAAGCGUCCCCAAAGAGAGGUAGUCAUCCCAUUAAGCUUGCAGAGAAGAGUAGAAGGUCUGCUGCAGGAGCAUCUUGAUCGGAUGCAAUUGAAUUCUGGAGAUGCUUCCUCCAUUAAUCAUGCUGAGUUGGUGAACCAGGGUGGUAAUCUAGAUCCUUUGUUAGAGGUGAAUCUUAUGGAAAGCGUUCUUCAGAGACGGAGUUUGCAAAUGCGAAAUAAGCAACACGCUUGGGAGGAAUCACCAGAAGGCAAGAAGAUGCUUCAGGCACGCAUGUCUCUUCCCGCCUUCAAAGAGAAGGAAAGGCUGCUCCAAGCAAUUGCACAGAAUCAGGUUAUUAUCAUAUCUGGAGAGACUGGAUGUGGAAAGACCACUCAACUGCCACAAUACAUAUUGGAGUCCGAGAUAGAAUCUGGUCGUGGUGCAUUUUGUAACAUACUUUGUACACAACCUCGAAGAAUCUCUGCCAUGGCUGUUGCAGACAGAGUCUCUACUGAAAGGGGAGAGCAUCUUGGUGAAUCAGUUGGGUAUAAAGUUCGAUUAGAGGGGAUGAAAGGAAAAGGCACACAUUUGCUUUUCUGUACAAGUGGUAUUUUGCUUCGUAGGCUGUUGAGUGACCGCAAUUUGGACGGUGUAACCCAUGUCUUCGUUGAUGAAAUUCAUGAGCGUGGCAAGAAUGAAGACUUCCUAUUGAUUGUAUUGAAGGAUCUCCUUCCACGUCGGCGGGACCUGAGAUUAAUACUGAUGAGUGCUACACUGAACGCUGAGCUAUUUUCCAAUUACUUUGAAGGAGCACCAAUGAUUCAUAUUCCUGGGUUCACUCACCCAGUGAGGGCACAUUUCUUAGAAGAUAUACUGGAGAUUACUGGAUAUAAGUUGACUCCUUUCAACCAAGUUGAUGAUUACCAAGAAAAGCUGUGGAAAACAAAAAGGCAGCAACUUCCUCGCAAAAGGAAAAACAACAUCACUCUUCUUGUUGAGUCCGCGUUGAGUGAAUCAAGCUUUGAAAAUUAUAGCCCCAAGGCGCGUGAUUCUUUGUCUAGCUGGAUACCAGAUUGUAUUGGAUUUAAUCUUAUUGAAGCAGUUUUAUGCCAUAUUUGCCGCAAGGAAAGAGCAGGUGCCGUCCUGGUAUUUAUGACCGGGUGGGAGGAUAUCUGUUCUUUGAGAACUCAACUGAAAGCCCAUCCUUUACUUGGAGAUCCCAACAGGGUUCAACUGCUUACAUGUCAUGGUUCCAUGCCAUCAUCUGAACAGAAACUCAUAUUUGAGAAGCCACCUCCCAAUGUACGUAAGAUAGUACUCUCCACAAAUAUGGCAGAAGCCAGUAUCACAAUCAAUGAUGUAGUUUUUGUGGUUGACUGUGGAAAAGCUAAAGAAACCACUUAUGAUGCUCUUAAUAAUACUCCUUGUCUCUUACCUUCAUGGAUAUCUCAAGCAUCUGCUCGACAAAGAAGAGGUAGGGCUGGGCGUGUGCAACCGGGAGAAUGCUACCACCUUUAUCCUAGAUGUGUUUAUCAUGCUUUCUCUAACUAUCAGCUACCUGAGCUUUUAAGAACUCCCCUCAAUGCUCUUUGCUUGCAAAUCAAAAGUUUGCAGGUUGGUAGUAUCGGGGAGUUUUUGUCUGCUGCCUUACAACCACCAGAGCCAUUGGCUGUCCAAAAUGCGGUGGAUUCUUUGAAGAUGAUCGGAGCAUUAGACGAGAAUGAAGAUCUUACACAUCUUGGUGAAUAUCUGGCAAUGCUUCCGGUGGAUCCCAAGUUAGGGAAAAUGCUGAUUAUGGGUGCUUUCUUUCGCUGCUUUGAUCCUAUUCUUACAAUUGUUUCUGGACUCAGUGUCAGAGAUCCUUUUCUUUUGCCUCAUGAGCAGAAAGAUCGAGCUACUACAGCAAAAUCAAAAUUUUCUGCAAAGGAUUACAGUGAUCAUAUGGCACUGGUUCGUGCAUAUGAAGGAUGGAAAGAAGCUGAAAGAGAAGGAUCUGCUUAUGAGUAUUGCUGGAGGAAUUUUCUUUCUGCCCAAACACUACAAGCUAUUCAUUCUCUUAGGAAUCAGUUUCACUACAUCUUAAAGGAUGCUCAGUUGCUUGAGGCUGAAGCAACCCUCAACAAUAGUUUGAGUCAUAAUCAAUCCUUGGUUAGGGCCAUUAUAUGUGCCGGCCUCUUCCCUGGCAUUGCAUCUGUAGUGCAAAGGGAGACGUCGAUGUCCUUCAAAACUAUGGAUGAUGGCCAAGUCUGGCUCCAUCCAAAUUCUGUGAACAUGCGAUACGAGACGAUUCCAUAUCCAUGGCUGGUCUUUGGGGAGAAAGUGAAGAUCAACACUGUUUCAUUACGUGAUUCUACUGGCGUAUCUGAUUCAGUUCUAAUCCUCUUUGGUGGUGGUCUAAUCAAUGGAGUUUCGCCUGGACACCUGAAAAUGUUGAGAGGGUAUAUUGAUUUCUUCAUGGAUCCUACUUUGGCGGAGUCGUAUGUCAACCUAAAACAACAACUUGAUCAGCUCUUGCAAAGAAAGCUUAAAGAUCCCAAGGUUGACAUCUACAAAGAAGGCAAGUAUCUGAUGCGUGCGGUUCAAGAGCUUGUGUCAGGAGAUCAAUGUGAAGGGAGAUUUGUAUUCGGUCGUGAAAGCAAAAAGUCAAUCGAGUCAAAUGACAAAGAUACAUUCACAAGAGAUGGGGCAAACCCGAAAAGCUUGCUGCAAACUCUGUUGAUGCGGGCGGGCCACACUCCACCAAAAUACAAAACAAAGCAUCUAAAAACAAAUGAGUUCAGAGCAUUAGUCGAGUUUAAAGGAAUGCAGUUUGUAGGAAAACCGAAAAGAAACAAACAGCUUGCUGAGAGGGAUGCUGCUGUGGAGGCGUUAGGCUGGUUGACUCACACUUCUGGGUCAAACAAACAACAAGAUGAUGAUAAUUCCCCACCUGAUCUAACCGACAACAUGCUUAAGCUUUUGAGUACGCGCAGAAAAUCAAAAUCUCGUUCUGGCCGAGGGUAAAUACGUUCUUUAGCAGGAUACGCAAUGUACACAGUUGAGAGCACGGACGAACCAGAUUUUGUGGGCGGUUUGUGACGCAUGAAAACCCGACUGGCGUGCCUCGUGCCCGGAUCCUAUGAGGACAUGUUUGGAUCUAUAUGCAUUGACUUUUACUAAAGGAAUUUCGGUAAAUUAACAAAUAACCACCAUGGAAGAAAGAGAGAUUGGUAAACUGAUUUAUCAAUAUUUGGUUGGUUAUAGAAGAAAGUUUUAUGUGAAUGUGGGGGAACCUUGUAAUCUCUUGGCAGCACUUGGUUGGGAACUGCUUAUUAUAUUAUUAUUAUUAUACAUGUUGAUAAUCAUAAAUACAACAAUUUUUAUACAUCUCAAAUUUUAAGUAAUACAAGUAUGAUUGUUUUAAGUUA